AUGAAGGGACUUGUCAGAUUGAGAUUAGCCCGCAUGGGAAGAAAACAUCAGCCAUUAUACAAUAUCGUGGUGAGCCACAAAAGAACGCGCAGAGAUGGAAAACCAAUCGAAGUGAUAGGGACUUAUGAUCCAAGACCUAGUCCGCUUACUCCUACGCAACAAUCGGAGGGAGUGAUACCAGUAAAAGACGUGAAGCUAGACUUCCAAAGAUCAAAGUACUGGAUUUCAGUGGGCGCGCAGCCAACUAAAACUGUUGAGGAUUUACUUAAGAAAGCUGGCAUUCUUUACCCAGAGUGGCCAUCUCCCGCCAGAAAUGCAAAGGUGACACCUCGCGCGGAAAUUCCACUAGAAGGUAAGAAGUUCGCCUAA